AUGGCCAGACCUCCGAAGAGUCGAUGGAGCAUCAAGUGGUCCGACACGCACAUCUUCAAGGCAGAGCAAGAAGGUGACAGCAUCUCGCUGAACUGCGUUGAGGAUUGGUGCAGGACACUUGAUGCGCAGCUGGAAGAACGCUUUGGGCCAGCGGUGCCAGCAAAGCUGUCAGCUGCGAGCUUGAACUUUUCACGGUGCAGCCUUGAUGAUACGGCUCUGACCAAGUUGUUGACGUACCUCUACAGCCGCGAUAUUACUGUUCAGAUCCUGAAGCUCUUCAGGAACAACAUUACGGACUCCGGCGCAUGGGCUGUGGGCCAAUUCAUGGCUCACAGCUCCCAGGCUGUGCACGAAGUGCACCUGAGCCACAACAGCAUCUCUGAAGAAGGUGCUGCAGCUCUUUUGGAACUCAUUGUCUGGAGCCGGAAGUAUCCCUACGCUGCUGAAAACACGGGCCGGCGGGAUGCGCGAGGUUUCUCGCCAAUCUGGUUGCGUCUCGAACACAACUGCAUAGACUGGCGAUUGGUCGAUCACAGGCUUCAUCGGCCCGACCUAACAUGGACAACAGCAGAGUCUCGGGACAACUGGCCGCCUAUGGGAGAUGCUGCUCCCACCAUUUGUCUACAUGCCUCUUUCAGGAACCAGUAUGAUAGUCAUGAACACGGCUGGGACGAGGAUGGCAACUGGGCACCUGGCUACGCAGCUGCAUCAGCUGCGGAUGAUGGGGGCUCGGUGCUCCUAGCUGCUCUCAAGGGAGAUGCGCAGGAGUUUGACAGGCGCCCAGGGUCUGGCCCUGGCCCUGCAGUGCCCAAGUCUCGGCCGGCGCCGCUGGGCGCGGCAGUGACGGCGCCAGGGCCAAAGCAGCCCGUGACAUCGCCAGUCUUGAGCACUUCGCCAGUAGGAGCCGACCGAGGUGGAGGCUAUCCCUCUCCAACCGCCAUGCGACCGCCAACCAAAGCGCCCAUGCAAGCAGGGCCUGUACAGCAGUUGACGGAGACGCAGGCUCUCCAGUCGUUCCUGGACGCCGGCGCGGCCCGUCAGAUGCUGACUCGCGAGGAUGCCUGGCAAAUAAAACUCUGCGUUGGUCAAAGGAAGUGCAUCCCAGAAGACGAAAGCUGUCAGCUACCUCCAUGGGUCAGCGAAGUGCAGGAGGGGGAGCAGACACUGACCGUCUUGACCAGAGACGUGAUGCAAGAGCUCGACGAAACGCAUGGCAGCAAUCCAUAUGUGCGUCAAGAGAUCGAUCGCUACAACUCCAAGGACCCAAGCUCGGUGAUUCGCCAGUGCAAGGACUGGGGCCUGGUGGAGGUCAUUGAUUCUCAGAUGCACGCGUCCCGCAUGCACAUUGACAAGCAGAUGGAGGUAGAUUCUGUGGGCUCAGCAAUCCUACAUGUUCAGAUCUAUGCUGCUGGCCGCGUCAUACUUCUUACGGACGACGUCGCACUCCGCAGCUUCAGCGCCGAGUUGCCCCCAACAAAGACCUGGCCAGGUGAGGGCUCCAUCCGCAGUUUGGAAAUCAUGUCCGUUGCGCACAAACACCUGAAAGGACGAUACCUACGGGGGCAGGAUCCUCUCAGAGAUCUCCACACAGCCACGGCCAAAGCCACCGAUGCAGUGUCGUGGCUGCAACACCAGCGACGACGCACCGACUCUGUUUGUCCGACCUCGACCGUGUCACCACUUUACGUUGACAUCAUAUUGGCCCGCAUUUCAGGGAGCAAUGCUGCAGGCUGCGCUGGUCUGCAAGGCACGUUUGUUGCAAUUGAGACCGGCUACACGAAGACC